AUGGCCAAUGAAAAACCCAAGGGAGGCGUCAAAACUGAGAACAACAAUAAUAUUAAUUUGAAGGUAGCAGGUCAGGAUGCCCCCGUGCUGCAGUUUAAGAUUAAGAGGCAUACACCAUUUUGUAUCACUAGACUCUGCCCACCACUUAGUAAACUAAUGAAAGCCUCUUGCGAACGACAGGAUUUGUCAAUGAAGCAGAUCAGAUUCCAACUUGACCGGCAGCCAGUCAACGAAACAGACACACGUGCGCUGUUGGAGAUGGAGGACGAAGAUGCAGUUGAUGUGUUCCAGCAGCAGACAGGAGGUGUCGACUCACGGAGCCUGCUACUCUCCGCCGGAACUCAGCUCCUCCAGACCAAGAAGACAUUCGCAACUCGAAAACCACAAUUUGGUUCCAGCACAUCCUGACUACUACAGUGUAGUUUUCUCUAUUCUUUCAUUCUCCCCUCCCCCAUUCCUUUAUCGUGCAUAAAGUAACUGGUGUAUGUACACAAGCAUUGCAUUAUUUGUUAACUAAGUGGCCAAUGGUAUGUUUUGAUUGACAUCAGAUGGAGAUGGGAUGGGAAAAGACUAUUGGUCCUGUGAACACCCCCUUUCUCCAUUAGUGGACUGCUCAGUCAGCUCUUACCUGUAUAUUCCAGUAUAUACAUUUGCUCUCAAUGUUUAACAAAAAAGAACAACAUAAAAAUUCUUGCAUACUUGUUUGAUUGGAGAAUUUUAAUGAUAUUCAUUUAUCAUUAUAAAACCAAGGACAGUUUUAUAACUUUUUUUGUACAUAGCUGUUAUAUGUAGGGCAAUCUGUCUUUAAGUAGGGAUAAAUUACUCUAAAAGAAAUGAAUCCUAGAUAAUUUUCCCUUCAAGUCAAGCGUCUUGUUGUUUAAAUAAACUUCUUGUUUAAAAAAAAAUAGAAGGAGACAAAAGUACUGUGAAUCAGAUUAACAUCAGAUGUUCCUUAUGAAAGGGAUACUGGUUUGAGAAUUCUGAAUUUUUGUACUGAGAUUUCUAUAUUAAAACAUCACUGUAUCGGACCCCGAGCAACCACAGGGGAACGGCUCCUCCGCUCCUGAAUGCCCAUGAUCCCGGAGGUCAACUAACUACUCUCAGCACCCAGUGGUUCUUGCAGAAAUGCCUCUAGACUGUGAACUAAGCUAUGGCCCCAUGCCACCCCGAGAGGGGAAAGGUUUUUCUCUCUCAGCCUUUUCUUUCCCCUGUGGUGUGAUGAACGCCAUCUUAUAAGGCCCACUACACAGACGCAUGAGCUUGCAAUGAUGCAACUUCUGCAGAAAUUUCUCUGGACUUAAUUACUAAAAUACCAAAAAUCAAAAACCUCAUAUGCUCUUCAUUCUCAGCAAUGUAAAACAAAUUAUCAAAUGAUGCUUUUUCGGCAGAUCUGAUUGUUGGGAGAAAAUUCCAAAUAAUAAUAGUGACUUUUCUGUUGAGAAUUGAAUGUAAUAAAAGUAAA